AUGGAGAAUUCGAACAUCGUGGAUUACAGGAUGGAGUUAAACCGCCUCCAGAAUAUGAUGAACGAUAUGAGCUGCUCCCAGCGGGAUCGCCCUCUCACACUUCAGGAUUUUGCCAUUCAGAAGGUGAGUACUGUCGAUUUAAGCUAUUUCGAAAUCAAAUAACUUUAAACGGACUGUUGAGGGAUGUGAAACGUGAAAAUUGAGAAAUGUGAGAAACGAGGAAGAAGAAAAGAGCAAGACUUUCAACUUUUCCCAUUUCCCAUGUGAUUUUCAAAAGAUUUGGAAAGAGGGGUCGACUGGAGAAUGACUGAUGAGAGGGAAAACGGGCUUUGUUUCGUAAAACGUUUCGAGCUAAAAAUGUAGGUUAUAGUAUGAAAAACUGGUUAGAGCGGUGGGCGAUCUUUUCAAAUUAUGCACCAGUCAUGCCACAUGGUCGGCCUGUCUGUCUUAAUGAUGCGCCACACCAAAGGUCACAAAUGCCGUUUUCUUAGCUUUGUAUAAAUAAUUUUGCAGUUAUUAAUUCUGAAAUCUAGCUAAAGCAGGUUUAGAAUGAAUAUGGCUUUACCAAAACCCAAGCGGACCUUGCAAUCCAAAACGUUUUACGAUGUUUGUCUUCAAUUCCUACGUGGUCAGCACCACUUCACACAUUUUGCGGGAAUUCCAGCCAGGCGCACUAGACACUCAUCUUUUUGUGUACUCUUCCUUAUCAGCAGAUUGGAAAGGAAACAAAUGGCAACAUUUUCUGGUUGUCGGUCAGCGCCGACGAUAGACUCCGCGUUGGAAGGACGUUUUGCAAAGCGUACGGCCUUGAGGGAAUAAUUUUGGGGAUUUCAUUAAACAGAAUGGAAGCAGACAAGGGCGUGCAUUUAAUUUAGGGCCCAGGGGUGUGCGGAAAAUAUUUCGAUUUUCCGAGAAAUUUUCGAAAAAUUUUCCGACGGAAAAUUUUCCGAAAAUUUUCGGCAAAAUUUUCGGAAAAUUAGUGUGGAUUCAAGGUCAAUUUGUCCGAAACCACCGUAUGCUUUUUAAAGGCGCAUCACAAAAUUUUUGGAAGGGUCUAGCAGCGAGCGUCUUUUUAAAUUUGAUUUUUGAAAAUUUUUCUGUACUCCCGCAACGACUGCAGAAACGGAGCGACUCUUUUCAACCGCGCGUCUCAUUCUCACUGACAAUCGGAAAACACUGGACCCGGAGAGCUUCUCUCGGCUAAUUUUUUUGCAAAAAAAUAUUCCAUUGCUUGGCUUCCGCCCACUCAAGUGAUUUCAAAUCAUAAUAAGCAUUUUUUUGUAUUAGAACGUUGUUUAAACACUUUAUUGAACCAAUGAACAAGUGAGUUUUCCGAUUUUUCCGAUUUUUCCGAAAUUUUCCGAAAAAAAAAAUUCGGAAAAACCGAUUUUCCGAAAUUUUCCGAAAAAAAUUUUCCGCACACCCCUGUUAGGGCCUAAAUGUGGCUGAAAGGCCCCUCAGAACGUUCAGUGGUCCCUCGAGAUUUGAUUAAAAAGUGACCACAAAUUCUCCAAAAAGCAACGUUGAAAUAGCAAAGAAUAUUUAGCAAAUAAUCUCACUAAAACACUAUAAUCUUAUCUUCCCAUUCUUGCAGGCUCUCGGAAAAGGCGCCUACGGAAAUGUGUACCGCGUUCGCAACAACCGCGACGGUCGUGAAGUGAGUUCUUAUCAGCUGAAAAGUGCAAUGACCAUGAACUAUUUCAGUACGCACUCAAACAAAUAUUGAUCUCGUCGAAAUACGAGGGAAUCCCGCAAAGUGUACUUCGAGAGAUUACUGUAAUGAAGCAUCUAGCGAAGAAGGCGCAUCCGAAUAUUGUCUCUCUGAAAACCGUCUUCCAUCAGAUUGAUCCACAACGAAGCAUUCUCCGCAUCAACAUGAUAAUGGAAAAGUGCGACUGGGAUCUGUACACCUUCCUCAAGCACAUUCCACGAUCGGUACCGGAGCAUCAGGCCAGGCACGUCACCGCUCAGAUUGUGGCCGGACUCGACUUCCUUCACACUCACGGAAUUAUUCAUCGGGAUAUUAAACCACAGAAUAUAUUGCUCAAUCGGGAUCAAACUGUGAAACUAGCAGAUUUCGGAUUGUCUAAGGAGCACUCAAAUACCACUGCAUUCACUACUUUGGUAUGUUUUGUUUCGAAAAUAGAAAAGGAGCAAGUGACGUAAAAACCUAUAAAACGAUGAAGUGCACGUAGAGGCUGUGAGGAGCCGACUUUUGACACUAAUAAGCAUAAAUGGGUUGUACCGGCAAGGACACGGGACCCGGGACAUUUGGAAACUGCGCGGGGAUAAAAUGUUGCUGUCAAAUACCAGAUCUAGACAAUUCUCGAUAAUUUAUUGAUUUUGUGACUGCCCUAACAAUGAAAAUUUUAGAAUUCUGAUGGAAACAAUGUGACACUCUAAAAACGCCAAAAAUUCAUGAAUAAAAGAGAGCAUGUCUUUCAAACAAUAGUGUAUGCCAGUUCUCGGACGUUUUCCGAAUCAUGAGUCAACAAUCUGAGCAUUCGUUAGUCAAUCAGUUUAAGCAAAUUUCUCCUAAUUUAUUCUACCAGAUGUAUCAAAAUUCUGUGCAGAAAAUGCCCCGCUAUCCAAGUUUAUCUCAGAUUCUUUGGAACUUUGAAGACCAAACACGAAGCUUUUUUGAUGUAAACAUUUCAAGUUCGACAUGUAGGCAUAAAUAUAAACAAUUGGUGCAGUGCAGAACACAUGUGGUGGAAGCAGAAGAACGGCGUUGAACUGAGCGUUUGAAAUAAUCCGUUUCCGGCGUUUUGCCGAGUUGAUGAAAUUGAAGCGGAAAUGAUAUUUGCAUUUUGUCAUUGACGGAAGUGCUCCCGGAUAUUCAGAUUUUUACACACACUGGUUUUAGGGGAUCAAAUACAAAUUAUUGAUAUACUGUUUCAAGGGUCACUUUGAUAGAUAGAGAAUUUGAUGGCAAAAACGAAAAUGCACAGAAAAUAAAAACGCUUUGCAACUAUUAUCCUCUUUUUCAGGUUGUGACUCUCUGGUAUCGAGCUCCAGAAAUCUUGAUGCAGUCGUACUACAACUCUACCGUGGAUAUGUGGGCACUCGGAUGCAUUGUCUCUGAAAUUUACACUCGCCAACCGUUGUUUGCUGGUCAAACCGAAGCCGAACAAAUUGUGGAGAUUUUCAAGUGAGUUUGGAUGAUUCAGAUGGUCUUAAAAUGGUUGAUAUGCAAGUUUUGCUUCCCUGAGUUCACAUAACAUUUUCUUGGUGCACAAGAUCCAUAAUUUUGCAUUAAAGCUAAUCUGUAUCAGAUGCUCGCGCUUCAUUACUAUUCUCAACUUUAAUUUUCAGGAAAAUGGGCACUCCAACCGGCAAUGACUGGCCUUCCGAAUCGGUUCUCUCCCCGAAAGCCUUUAUUGUCUACAGACAGCAGCAAUUGAAACAAUUCCAUCCGACGAUAACGAAUUCGGCUCUCGACUUCCUCGGGCAAUGUCUCAAGUAUGACCCGAGGAACCGGAUCUCCGCCAGAAGCGCAUUGAACCAUCCGUUCCUGAAACCACCAGCGGUCAGACGUGUUCUCCAACCAAUCCAUCUAAAAAAUAAUUGA